CGAAACACACGUCACGCAUGCGCCAGGGGUCAGAGUUGAAAGUUCACGGGCGGUUCGCAGGAAACGUCCCAAAACAAAUCGGUUCGCAAGAAGCUGAAUACGUUUUCCCAACGUGACUAUCCAAACGAACCUAACUGAACAGAAUUUAAUCACAUAGUUGACCUCUAAGUGUGAAAAAUAUCACGUUAAAAAGUAUCCGUGCUAAUAGCUUUUAAGCUAGCUGAGCUUCUUCUUCUGAUAGCGCGUGUUAGCAAGUCAGUUUGUCGGCGUGGUUAUCGCCGCCCGGAGCCCUCAACGCAGAAAUGGCAGAAAGGCCAGAAGAUCUCAACCUUCCAAACGCGGUUAUCACUCGCAUCAUCAAGGAGGCGCUCCCAGAUGGGGUGAAUGUUUCAAAAGAAGCACGGAGAGCAAUAUCCCAAGCUGCCAGUGUGUUUGUGUUGUAUGCAACAUCUUGUGCAAACAACUUUGCCAUGAAAGCCAAGCGAAAAACUUUGAAUGCAGGUGACGUCUUAGCUGCAAUGGAGGAAAUGGAGUUUGAGCGAUUUAUGGAACCUCUCCGAGAAGCUCUGGAAGUGUAUAAGAAGGGCCAAAAGGGAAAGAAGGAGGUGUCAGAACAGAAGCGCAAAGAUAAAGAAAAGAAGACAGACUCUGAAAAUGAUAAGAGCAGGGAGGAGGAAGAGGAGGAGGAGCGCAUGGAGGAAGAACCUGAAGCAGAGAACGAGGUGGGGGAAGAGGAGGUGGAAAACUGAGGACAGUUCCUAUUGUCCGAAGGAUGAAAUGCACUCAGUCAGCCCCUGUGAGGUUAUCUCGAGGAUCCCAGUAGAAACUGAUUAGUUUAUUGAAGGGAUCGUUACUUUUUGUCUGCUCUCUUCCAACAUACAAAUGUUAAAGCAAAGCACAAGAUUACAUCCAAGUCUCUGUCUUUCCUAUGGAUAGAAAAGCUGUCUUUGAGCACACAACAAAAUGUAACACACCCUGACUAACUGGUUGGUGCUAACCUGAUUGUUGCCAAUUAUAAGUUACAAAAUUACAUUUGUUGGAUUGAUACAAUUGAACAACUUGAUCAAGGGGGUUCGAUAUUCCCCAUUCCACAGAUAAACUUCAAAAGCACAAGGUUCUAAACUUUUUUAUGUCUACUGUUGACUUGAUGUGAGCUCCACAGAAACAGUAAAAAAAACUGAAGUUGAGACUGAAUUGGGAAACGAGUCAUGCAUUUAUUUCCAGGUUUGCUGAAGAUGACAGUUUAGAGGUUUUGUUUAUAGCUCAGUGUUGAAUAUCUGCUCAACCUUAAACAUGUCAAUGUCAGAAAUACUGUGCAUUAUGGGGUGCAUUAGUUGCAUAAAAUGGAUCCUACAUUUGUUUACUAAUGUUUUGGGCUGCACCUGUUCUCACAAAACACAAAAUGUAUAGUUUUGUACAAUUUUCAGUAAACGUUUUUAUUCAGCUCUAAAUAAAAAAAGAAUUGCU